GAUUACGGGGAGAAAGCAGGAGAAUGGGGUCACAAGUGAUAAAUCUGCCAUGGUAGAAUACUGAGCUUUGGGAAUGGCUCAAUUCUGCUCCUAUCUCUUGUGGUCUUUAGAAUCAUCACAAUUCUUGGUUGACUUGUGUGAAGUUGGAUUGUUCAGUUCUUUUCACCCCUCUUUGGUAUCUUCAAUAUCCGAUACAGUUGCCAUGCUUCCAGUGCCAAUAGAGCUACCUACAAAUUGCUAGCCUUAACCGUAUGUUUUUGUAAUGUGGGAGGAAACAGGAGAAUCCAGAGGAAACCCACGUGGUCACAGGGAGAACAUACAGACAACGCCAGAAUUGAACACCGAAUUUCAACUCCUGAGCGAUAAUAGCUGUUGUGACUGAACAAAGGCACCGGAGAGACACUGAAGCUGGUGAUAUUCAGCAAAACAAGCAGCAGGCAUCAUACUGGAGACACUCUUAGAAGAAGAGGCUCCCUGAUUCAAUAUUACAUGAUAUUUUUACAUGCUAAAUAUCCAAGGUUCUAAUUUCAAGUUUUGGAUUUCCCACAAAAAUGGGGGGAAUUGACGAUGAUAGACGUUAUUUUAUUGUGAUAAAAGAUUUCACUUCAAGUAGAAGACGGAUCCAGAAAGGGUCCUUGGGAUACUUAAUCCACAGAAGAACUGGGGAGACAUCAGUCACUGUGGAAAAUUGCAAGCAAGUAGUAAAUUUGCAGGAAGCAAAUCUGAAAGAAAUCACCAAGGAUGAAGCAGAGUUGCUUGUUGAUAUCCAAGAUGUUUCUCGUCGAUAUGAGCUGGUUCAGAAUGAAAGUCUCUUCAGGUCCAUUUCUAAAGUACAUAUUAAUGAUGUCGUUCAACUGCGAAGGAGCACCAAGUCAGUAGGAAUUGUUAAAAAUAUUGAAGAUUCCCGAAAAAAAAAUGGAUUGGGAUUACAUGGAACAUUGUUUCAAGUGUCCUUGAUGGAAGACCAAAAUAGACCAUGUAAGAAACCUGAGCCAUGCGUCAAAGUUAAUGCAGGAGAUCUCAUUCAUGUCAGUAUUGCGGAAGUAGAGCCACCUGAUCCAAAAAAUGGAAGCACUUACCAGCUUGGAGUUCCAUCCCAACAUGAUAGUACGUCUCAGCAAAGAAUGAGAAAGUUGAAAUCAAAUGAAGCUUCAGCAUCAUUUGUCUCCUCCAUUUCCAUUCCAGGCCUCAGAAAGAAUUCUUCCACCCACACUUCCGACGCUCUUACGCCAACCACCCCUCAUCCAUCUGAAAAUCUGGCUCUUGAGGUUGGAUCAAUGGUGGAGGUUCGAUUACCUAAUAAUGCUGUUGUCUUUGGAGUUAUUAGGUGGAUUGGUACACCAGAAGGGAACAGACAUCAGUUUGCAGGAAUUGAAUUGGACUAUGAGCUAGAAAAUGGCAGUGAUGGAACAUUUGAGAAAAAUCGAUAUUUUGAAUGUGAGCAGAACAAGGCAAUAUUUAUGCAACUUAGUCAUUGUAAACCAGAUGCACGCUUUCUCACAAGUGAACUGAAGGAUGUACACAAAAUGCCAGUGUUUACACCAGCAAAACUAAUUCAAGAUGAUCUCACCAUUGAAGAGGAUGUUCCCCCAAUACAUGAGGAUCAAGUCCUGUAUUUGAUGGAAGGGAGAAGGAAAGGGAUCCAGGGGCAUUACAAUUCUUGUUAUCUGGACUCUACAAUUUUCAGUUUGUUCUCAUUCACUUCAGUGUUGGACAGUAUACUUCACAGGCCUGGGGGACACGAUGAGAAGAUUCAACAAAUACUAAGGGAAGACAUAGUGAACCCAUUACGAAAGACUGGGUUUGUGAAUGCGAAGAAGGUGAUGAAGUUGAGGAAGUUAUUAGGAAGUGACACGUUUAUGUCGGCAGAAAAGGAUCCAGAAGAAUUUAUCAAUGUCCUAUUGCAUGAGGUCCUAGCAGCUGAUCCUUUGCUAAAGAUAAGGUCAGGUGAAAAGAUUCAGGAGAGCAAUUGUUAUCAGAUAAUCCUGGAGAAAGAUGAUAAAGUGGAAGUGCCAACAGUACAGUUUCUCCUGGAGAGAUCCUUCCUGUCUUGUGACCUAAAAUUUGAGGAGAUCCCGUCAUGCCUAUUGGUGCAAAUGCCAAGGUUUGGAAAGCAGUUUAAAAUGUACACUGAAAUUAUGCCCUCACUGGAACUAGACAUUACAGAUUUACUCCAUAACAGUCUGAGGCAGUGCUUCAUUUGUGGAGUGGCAGCGGAAUAUGAAUGUGUUCAGUGCCUUCUGGAUCCAAUGCUUAGCCCGGGUGCUAUAAAACAGUACUGCAAUACUUGCAAUAGUCAGGUUCAUUCCCACAAGGAGAGGAAGGAUCAUCAAUUCAGAAAAUUUUCUUCUCCAAACAAUGUUUCUGUUAAAGUCCCUUUUCCACGGCACAAGAUGGAAUUGUUUGCUGUUCUUUGUAUUGAAACCAGCCACUAUGUUUCAUUUGUGAAAUAUGGAUCCGGCAAAUAUUCCUGGCUGUUCUUUGACAGCAUGGCUGAUCGGAUUGGUGAUGAGAAUAUUCCAGAGAUUACGGCUUGUCCUCAAAUAGGUGAUUACCUGAUGAUGUCAGAAGAAAAGCUGUCUUAUACCAACAUGAAGCAGCUUGAUGGAUUUGCCAAAAGACUUUUCUGUGAUGCCUACAUGUGCAUGUAUAGGAGCCCAAGAAUGUGUUUGUAUAAGUGACUCAUGAGACAAAAUGCCUGAGUGACAUUGUGGUAGGCAUUUAUUUUGCUGAAGGCCCAGUACACCAGCAAUAUAACAAGAAUGAUCAAUUGCUUCAUAUUUAUCAAAUAAUAUACUGGGCAUUAUAAAACAUUGUGACAAUGCCACUUUGGAUUUUACCUUUAAGUCACAUUUUAAGUGAACGUUCAGCUGCAAUUUUUUACAGAACCAUAUUGGAGAAUUAGAGAGAAAAUUGAAGUGAAAGAUGGAAGUAGAUUUUGCAGGGAGGUGUAUAAUAACUCUGCUUUGGUUUAAAGCUAAUGAAAGAAAUUGCUGAUCAUCAGGAACCAACCAAUAUGAAGAACUUGGAUGUGCAUAAGUUAUAGAGUUAGCAUGCAAAUAUGUUUUGAAUAUAUUACAUAAAAACAGCAUCAUCUGGUCUACAGAUAACACAACUGCUUGCUUGGUUCCUAUUAACACUGCCAGUAUCAGUUAAUGGUGCAGAAAAUAUUUGGAUUUGAUUUGAAUUUUAUGAAAUUUUUAGCAAAUAAUUUUAUCUCUUUCCAGCUAGUUGUUGUGACUCAUUCCAUAGUGCACAACAGUACAUUUUUAGCCUUUUUUUUACCAGAAAAGCCACUUGAUGUCCAGAACGUGGUGGUCAAAUGACCAGUCAGUGCAACAGUUUGAGAAAGCUUUGACUGUGUACUCCUACCUUGGACUUUCCUGAGAAAUCCAUUGGAAAAAAAAACUUGUACACCAAAUUUUACUUUACUGCAACCAUUUCAGUGAAUUUUAAGUAUAUUACCGAGUAGACUGAAUGGAAAUAUAAACUCGGUGUGUGCACUUUAUUCAAGGACUCUUCACAAAUUGUUUCUGGAACUUUCUGCAUAUUGUGUACAUUGGAUGCCACAACAUGAUUGCUAGAAAUGUUCCUUCACUUAUGCUUCUUAAGAAAACUAAUGUUUUUAUUCAUUGUUGUAUAGGUUAGAAAAAAUAUUGUAAUGAAAUAUUCAUUUCACUGUUUCUUUAAUGACUUUACUGUGUAAACUUUGUUAUUCUUGCAUGUGGAAUUCAGCAGUAAGAAGUGAAAAAGGACUUCAUCUUUUGCUUUUCAUAUAGUUUAGACUGAAAUUAUCUGAAUAGUUGUAAAUUAUCUGAUAGGAAUUCUGGAAAGCUAGCAGAGAUGGAUCUUAAAUUGUCUACUGGGCACUCUGUAGUGGGCAUGAUUGCACCGAUUUUACUUGUAAUCCCUUUGGCAGUGUAUUAAUACAAAAACAUUGUUCACAUCCUUUCACGCACUUUAAUAAGACAGGAGCAGAUGUAGGCCAUUAGGUCCAAUGCAUCAUCUUCACCCCAUCGUGACUCAAUCUCUCACAACCCCAUUCUCCUGCCUUCCCUCUAAACUUUGAGAUCUUUACGAAUCAUAGCCUAUCAACUUGCACUUUAAAUACACCCAAUGACUUGACCUCCACAGCCAGCUGUGGUAAUUAAUUCCACAUAUUCACCACUCUGGUUAAGAACUAUAGGAAACAUCUUCUCCACAUCCACUCCAUCUAUGCCUUUCAAUAUUUGAUAUAUUAGAUUGAGAUCAUUCUCCCCCCCCCCCCCCCCCCCCACCAAUCAUUCUUCUAAAUCUAAUGGAAUGGAGUCCUGUGGGCUACCUCGGAAAUUGUUUUCUAUUACUCUUUACAUCUCCACUCUUAAUAAAUAUUUGUCUACUUGAUAUUUAUGACAUUCAAUGGUUUUGCACAAGUUCUUCAGUAAUCCUUCUUUGCAAUAGUUAUGGGGUUAUUAUCCCAUCUGUUUUUUAAUCUAACCUUGAUCAGUGGACAAAUUGGCUUUUAAAAAAAACAGCUCAACUUUAAGUCCAUUUAUUAGUUAUUCAUGUUAAUCUCAAAAAAAAAUUUUCCCUGUUCAACCGGAAAUGAUCUUUGACUUCCGCUCAAGAUGGCACCUGCGUACAAUGCUCUUUUGACUGACAUCUGGAUAGAUUAUGGAACCAUCUUUUUCACUUUUAUGUUUGUUUCUCAUCUUGAAUGUGAUUCUGGAACUGUUGGAGCCUGUGUUUUGCAGUUCAGAUGUUCCAUCAAUCUGCAGUCUCCAAGAGGAUUCUGUUAGGCAGAGGCUGUGUGUGCAAACCUCGUAGCGGGCAGGCUGCAAGACAAGGUGUAAGCCAGUUUGGCUCCAUUUUGAUGAUUCAAGCAACAAGGGAGAUUGAAACAUCAUAAUGAGUGCAGGUGAGCACCAGGUGCUUGCUGCUGCAUUUUGAGUGUUGCUCAGGUUUUUGUGGACUUGGAAUGUUUUUUUUGCCCCAUCUUAGUUUUUGUGCAGAAGGAAUCUGUUUUGCUUUUUUGUGUGGGAGUAGGGAUUUGGGGGUUGAUGUGCUUGGUCCAUUGGUUUUUUUUAUUGUGGGGAAGAAUAUUUGAGAGUUGAUGAUUGUGUUGCCUUUCUUUUCUAGCUUAGUUUCAUGACUAAGAGAAUUGAAUAAUUUCAGUUGUAUACUUUGAUAAUAAAUGAACCUUUGAAAUAGUAA